AUGUAAGUGGAGUUGGAGUGUCAAAAAUAGAAAUUGAUUGAGAUACAGAAAUAGUAAGAGGUAUCAGAAUAGGUAAAGGAAGAAAUCAAGAGGUCUCAGAUUGAAUAGAUCAAGAGAUAGAUGGAAUCAUAAGUUGAAAUUUUGGAGAGUGAGAAUAGAACUCUGAGAUACCAGAUAGAGAUGAAAAAUAGAGAAUGCGAGGAGUGGAAACAAUAGUAUACUAGAAAUUAAUGA